AUGCCGGCUCAGGUAGUCGCAUCACUUGCCAUCGACUUGUCCCAUUUAUUAUCAGACACAUCCCUCGCAGACAUUAAGAUCGAAGUAGGAAGCGGGACGGACAAGAAAGUGUUCUAUGCGCAUGCGGCUGUACUUUACACGCGCUGUCCAUACUUUAGAACAAAGGCGCUUGAACAUGGAUCAAAGUAUGCGAAUGCCGGGUCGAGAAUGGGAGAAACUUUUAUCAGAAUUGAUGAUAUCAGACCAAACAUUUUUGAACACAUUCUAAAUUAUAUCUACACAGACUCAACUCCCUCAACUGACCUUUCCCCAGAUGAUCUUUUGACUCUUUUGGCCGCAUGCACCAGAUUCUCUCUUAUCUUACUUAUCGCAUCUAUACAAACGAUCCUCGUCGACCACCAUUCUUCGUAUCUUCUCUCUCACUUUUCACAAAUCGAUGUCCUCUCCACGACGAAUAAAAACUUUUCCAUCCUCCGCAGAUACUGUCAAAACACGGUCAAGCGUCAUCCGACAACCAUAAUGAAAUCAGAAGGAUUCGUCUAUUUGUCCGAGGACAUGUUGAUCAAGAUACUAAAAAGUGAUAAAUUGACCAUGGACGAAACGGAGAUAUGGGAAUAUGUGUUGAGGUGGGCUACGGCUCAGGAGCCAGUGCUAUUGAUGGUAUCGUCUUGGUCUGCAAAGGAAUACGAACUACUAAAGGACACUUUGAAAAACAUUAUACCCCAUCUAAGAUUUUUCCAAAUGCCAUCUAAUCAAUUCUUGAUCAGAAGUCAAUUAUUCCAAUACGUACUUCCGUACGAUUUAUUCAUCGAUGUAUAUAAUUAUCACACUCAAAAUUCAUACACUCCUUUAUCACCCAUAUUGCCGCAAAGGCAGCAAUCAAAGAAGAGGAACGUUACCUGGCAUCACUCAAUUGACGGCGAGUACGACGACAGUACAAACAAAGAAGUCACACCGCCGCUACCAUCUUCACCACCAACAGCAACAUCACCCCUUGAAUCACCAUCCAAGAAAAACCACCUCGACUCGCUGUUGAUGACACCCACACACGCAAACUAUCUUGCAUCUUGCAUUUUUCAACACACUCAAACCAACAACUCGACAACGAAUAAGCCAACCCCAAAUACACUCUACCGCUUCCGACUGUUGUACCGCGCAUCUAUACACUCUUUUUCCGUUUCAGCGUUUCACCGCCUGUGCGACCGACGAGGACCGACGGUAACAAUUGCACGGAUACGCGAUUCUUCAGAUAUAGUUGGCGGAUAUACGGAUGUCUCGUGGCAAUCGUCCAAAAAGGGAUCGUUCAAAGAAUCGAACGACUCGUUUAUAUUCUCGUUUGAUAAGGGGGAUGCGAAAAAAGCACAAGUCCGAUGGGUCAAGAAAUCGGAGAGACAACGAGCGGUCUGGGUAGGACGAAAUCGCGGUGUUGUCUUUGGAGAUGGAUAUGAUCUUGCCAUGGGUAUUGAUGAGAACGAUGAGGAAUGGGUUGAAGUUGGAGAUGGCGACAUUGUCGCGAACGCGUCAGAGGAAGAGCGAGAAAUGGAAAUCGGUGACGGGCACAAGCAUGAGGGGAAAUCGUUGAGUAGGAUGUGGAAUAAAAGUAAAAAGGAAAGUGACAAGGAAUUGGGUAGAAUGUGGAUGUGUAGUCCGUCUGCGUAUGAUGGAACGAUAAGGAGCGAGGCUGGUGUGUUUGCUGUCGAUGAGAUUGAAGUGUUUCAGGUGGUGAAGAAGAAAAUGAAGAGCAGUAGUCGAUUGUACAGAUAA